ACUGCACGUUGUCACUCCGAAUGUCAAGCAUUUACGUCAAUCACAAACUAGCAAAAAUUGCAUAAAUACGGAAAAUACAAAAAUAUGUCGGCAUUCAAUGCCCCCAUCCCGCUUUCAGAUAUCGAAGCAGUGUUGACGUGGGUGGAUAACUUCAAAUUAUCGAGGCCUACAAAGAAGAUAAAUAGGGAUUUCUCUGAUGCCGUGCUCCUCGCCGAAAUCCUCAGCGUGUACUACCCAAAGCUGGUUGAGAUGCACAACUACCCUCCCCGCAACAGCCACGCGCUCAAGCUCAACAACUGGAUGACACUCAACAGGAAAGUGUUAAGAAAGUUAAAGCUCAACCUGUGCUGCUCAACUAUGGAGCAACUUUCGAAUUGCGCACCGGGAGUUAUUGAGCGCGUACUCAUUAUGGUUAAAGAAAAAAUUCAUCGAGACGAGGAACUGAACAAGUCAAAGGAAGGAGAAGAGCCAUUGGACAGCGGCGGCAGCUAUUAUGAAGCCUGUGGGGAUGAUGAACACGUGCUGGUGGUACCCGUGAAGUCCAGGGUAAACGGCAUCCUAGAGACCAUUCAGCAGAAGGUGGUCAGCCAUGACACGUUCCUCGCGCUGAAGCAGGAGCUCAAGGACUUGCAGGAGUGCAACGAUGUUCUUAAAAACAAGGUGGAACAUUUAGACAACUUGAUGAAAUUAAAAGAUGAGCGAAUAGAUGAACUACAGAAACAGCUGGAGAGGAAACAAACCAGGCGAAAGGAGGUUGAAGCUCUUGUAAACAGCUUAUCCAUUCCUUUUGAACCUUCCCCGCCCUCCCCCAAGAUCUCUGAUUCAGUGCCUCUUCUGAGCAAGUCAGCGUCACUUAAAUUCAAUGAAUCUGUUAGUAAAAUACCUGUGCUUGAAGAUAACAAAUCCAAAGAAGAGGCUAAAUUGAUAAAGUUUGAAGAUAAAUCCAAAGAUGAAGUAAAAUUGAUAAAAUCUGAAGAUAACAUAUCUCCUAUAUAUAGUACAACCAAACCUAUGGUAGCGAAAGUUGAAUCUCUUAGUAAAAUACCUAAAUUGGAAGAGUUUUACCUUAGAGACACAUCCAAAACUAAGAUAGAUGAUAAGAGAUCUGAAGAAAGAAUAUUGAAAGUCGAGUCAAUGGAUUCUUUCAGAAACGGAAGCAAUUCGAAACACAGUUUGAUAAAACGUGUGAGUACGUUGGAUAUAAAAGUAGCAGAGUAUGAGGUUGAUGUUGACAAUGUUGAAUCAAACGUGUUCAAGGAAUUUGAAAUGCAUGAGCAAAGAUCAGAAGAAUUUAUGGACGAGUUCAAAGAUACUGUGGAAGAUGUCGUGAUUACCAUUGAGGAUAGCAUCAAGAAGGAGGUAAAAGAAAUAACAGACACAUUUUUUGCCGAUGAAAAUUAUAUCUGAAUUGAAC